UUCACCUUCGCGCUCCUGCAGCUCUUCGUGUUACCUGCGCGACUCACCAACCAGUAUAAACCUGCACGCGCGUUCGCACGCAUUUCCGAAAUCCACAAAUCGCAAUCGUUUAGAAAUUAUUUAUCAUUGCACGCAAGCAGAAGAGCUCAACCAGUACUGAACAAAUGUAAUAACUUAAUAACAACUACCUGAAUUGUUAUUGUAUUACAUUAUUCAUAGAUUGUGUUGUUCUUGAAACAGUUGAAAGCGCUCGAAUCAAGUUGCCGUAAAGAACAGUUAGUUUUUUUACUCUGAAGAGAAGUAAAGUGAAGCGUCGCGCGUUUAAAGUGUUACAAGUUACAAAGUGAUAUAAAACUAUUGGAUUUUUUCAAAAUGGCUAAACUGCAGUUUGUUUUGCUUCUUGUAAUUAGUUGUUUAUGGAUGGUAACAGCAACAUUACAACCACGAGCACCAAAUUUUCAAUAUUUUGAAAGACCGAAAUAUCGUUAUCCAUACUAUGAUGAAAAUGGCGUCGGACGUCUGCUGUAUGGUUAUGGCGAUGAUAAACUAUACCAAUACAAAUCAUUCUCCCCAUUGGAAGGAAUUCAUUGAUAAAACCAGUAAAAUUAACAAUAAAUAUUAAUAUAAAGUCUGAUAAAAAUGUAUAACUAGGGUAUUUGUUACACUUCUUUUUAAAUAAACAAUCAUGUGUUUCA